UUAUUAUACGUACUUUGAAUAGUCGUAAUAACAAUAAUUGUUUUGUUGUUACUACUUACUACCAUUUCAUGUUAUUGCCGAUAGUCGUCACUCACCAGUCAGUACGCACGUACUGAAGAGAUGUGUCUUUCUCGACGUUAUUGUUACUUUUAUUCUGUGUUAUUACGUAUCGACGACGGUCUUUGGAUUAAACGAUUCGUCAGCGGUUCUUCACCCAUACUACGCGAUUGAGACAAUGUUGUUCGUCGACUGAAAUGUCUAAGAACAUUUCCGAUAAAUCCAAUUCGUCUGAAAGAGAGCCUUCGUUUCGUUAAAAUUUGUGACAAGUUGUGACCUAGUGCCGUGGACCACCGUUUUGCAGUUAGAAUUCCAUUCAAAAUGAUUUCAAAGGAAACAAUAUUCGUAUACACAAUUUCUGCAAUAGUUGUUCUAUUUACUGCCGUAUAUUUAUAUUAUAGAAAUAUAUACAGCUACUGGAAAAAAUUGGGAGUGUAUCACUUGGAACCAACUUUUUUUUUUGGUAAUGCUAAGGAUCGUGUUCUUUUUAAAAAAUCUUUCCAUGAGUUUCACAGAGACAUGUACUUCAAGUUCAAAGGACAUAGAUAUGCUGGAUAUUAUCUUGGUCGCCGAGCAUCAUUGGUUAUCCUUGACCCAGACAUAAUCAAAUGUAUCAUGAUUAAAGAUUUUAAUCAUUUUACGGACCGUCAAACAAUGAGAUUUCGAACAUCUGAAUAUAUUACUGAAAUGUUGAUUAAUCUUAAAGGUUCUAAAUGGAAACGAAUGAGAGGUCAAUUAACACCAGCAUUUACUUCAGGCAAACUUAGAACUAUGGAGCAUCUUGUAGAUGUUUGUUGUAACAAUAUGAGUGACUUUCUAAAUGAAAAUAUCAAAAGUGAACAAGGUUAUGAUUUGGAAAUGAAAGAUUUUUUUGGCAAAUUUACCUUGGAUGUUAUCGCAACUUGUGCAUUUGGCGUAGAAUCAAACUCAUUGAAAGAUGUAAAUGGUGGUUUUGCCAGUCGUGUGUCUAAAUUUGCUAGCUUAAGUAUUAUGAAACGUCUAUCCCUAUACAUAGUACUACUCUUUAUGCCUGGUAUUGCUCGAUUCGUUCCAUUGUCUUUUUUUAACAUGGAAGUGAUACAAUUCUUAGCUAAUGUGAUCAAAGACGCAAAGAAAUUCAGACAGUCAACUGGUCAAAAGCGGAACGAUUUUUUGCAGUUAUUAUUGGAUAGUGAAACUGAUUCAGAUAAAAAUGACAAAACCAAAUCAAAAGAAGAUGCAUUGACUGAGGCUCAAGUGGUUGCUCAAUCUGUAUUGUUUUUGAUUGCUGGGUUCGAGACAUCUAGUACAUUGUUGACUUUCACAUGUUAUGAGAUGGCUAUCAAUCAAACCAUACAGGCUAACUUACGAAAAGAAAUAUGUUCAGUGUUGGAACGAUAUAAUGGCAAAUGCACUUAUGAAGCCAUGCAAGAAAUGCCUUUAUUAGACAUGGUAUUGAUGGAAACGUUGAGAAUGCAUCCACCUGUAGCACAAUUAGAACGUGUGAGUACCCAAGACUAUAUGUUGCCUGAUUCCAACUUAUUACUGAAAAAAGGUAUGACAGUUCAAAUACCUGUCAUUGGGUUACACUAUGAUCCAGAAUAUUAUCCAGAACCCUACAAAUUUGAACCAAAUCGAUUUUCUCCAGAAGAGAAAGCUAAACGUUCGCAUUAUGUUUUUUUACCGUUUGGAACUGGACCAAGAAAUUGCAUUGGUCUACGAUUUGCCUUGAUGAGUACAAAGAGAGGAAUGGUGCAUCUCUUAAAAGACUUUUCAAUUGAUCUGAGUAACCAAAUGACUGUGCCUUAUGAAUACAGCAAACAUUCAAUGUUGCUUAAGGCAAAGGAUGGUAUAAGGCUAUCAUUCAAUAAGUUGAGUGCAUAGUAAAAAUGGUUUGGCCAACUACUUAAAAUUUAACAAAUUUUUGGGCUGUGUUAAAUUUAUGGGAAACUAAAGUUAAUAGUUUAUUUCUCAGUUUUGUCUAUUGCUAUUCUAAAUGAUAACAAAAUGUGACGUAUUUAUACUUUUUUUUAAUUAAUAGAUUUUAUUUUUAUAUACUUAUUACUGGUUUAAAAUAUUUUUUUUUAAUUUAUAUAUUAUGUUAAAUUUUGUAUUAUUUUAAUAUUGUUGAAUAUAAUGUUAAAGAAAGAACUGCGGUCCACACGAACUUCUUGUUUUUUCCCGUUGUAAACUAUUUUAGAGUUUAUUUACAAUUUAUUAGAGAUUGUUAAAACAAAUUGUUGAUAUGUUUGUCAAGCUUUUGUAUCAAUUGUAUAUUAUAAUCUUAUUUAUUUUUGUUGAAUUUAUUUAAUUUUAUAUAUUAGUUAUAAUUUCAACAUAAGACAUGAAAAUGCAUGCAGUUUUGAAUAAAAGAACAUUUUUUAAAGACUA